AGCAGGCGAGAGGCAGGGUUCACCCUGGACAAGUCGCCAGUCCAUCACACGGCCAAAAUUUAAUAACUUAAAUGGUCUUUUCUUCUUCUUCUUCUUCUUCUUUUUUUUCUGUCUGCGUAACCGAAGGAAACAAAAAUCUCUCAUCAUGUCUCUGCUCAGCUCUUUAAAGCUGGACUGUCUAGUUAGGUUAGAUUUAAAAAGUAAUACAGAUAAGUUGAAAAAUAAAACAAACCACAAAGUAAUCCCUAUCGUUGUUCAAGUUCUUUGCGCUUUGCCCACCAGUAGGAAAAAAAAAAAAGAAAAAAAAAAAAAGCUCUCCGAGUUGAUGGUCUCUUCACGAUUACCCUAUCAGGUGCAAACCGCUGACAUGUUUCCACCCACCAACAACAAAAAAGCCUCUCUGUGCCCAAAUCUCUAGCCGCAGACGCACAAACACCACUGAAAGGCAGUGCUGCGCCAUCAUCAGCCCCAUAACCGCUCCAGGGAUCUGCUGCUACCGGUGCGAUUUUAAUACCACUUUUCUUCUCCUUUUAAACAUAACUUAUGCUUGGAUAAGGUGCUUGUCCGUAUUGUCCGCAUUGGGUUUUAUUUUUCUUCCUUUUUGUGGACAGUAGUUUUUAUUCAGCUCUUUUUUUUCUCACCGCAGGACUUGGUAGAAUAAAAUGACCCAAGGUGCAAGGUGUAGAACCCCCCCACAGGUACGGAGGGAGUUCAGGAGCCUGUGAUCUCUGGAGGAACAAGAGAGGGUCUUGGCGUAAUUUAGCUACAAGUGCGUAGAACUCAAAAGGAUAUCUUUUUUUCCACCUUUUUUUCUUUAAGGAAGGAAAUAUUUCUGCUCCUUUGCUUUUUAAACUUUCCACGUUUGGCGGAAACCUUGCGCUAUCUCGAAAAGCGUAGGAGACUGAGCUCAGCAGAAACAAACAAGCAAACAAAAAAAUAACAAUAACAAUCAUAAUAAUAAUAACAAUAACAAUCUUCUGGAUAGUUCACCUAACAAGGAAGCGCCCAAUGUUGCACUCUGUAACUCUGCUACUGCUGCUGCUCUCCCGUCAUCUAUCUUCACACUGGAAUUCAAUCUCCUGCUUGCUGUUGGAGCUGUGUGCGUAAAAGACGCGCAGGGGAGCGAAAGCGAGCGCGCGAGAGAGGGAGUAAGGGGGGCGCUUUUGUCAACCUUUCCCGGGGCUCUAAAAUCUGUGGAAGCAGGUGUAUUUCAACUGUAUUUCUGAAAGUCAAGAUGUCUCUGCUGCCUUCGAGGUGCAUAUACCUGUGUUUACAUUUUCUGGUACUCUAUUUCCAGCUACAGGAAUCCCAGCAAAGCUCUGCUGAUUUCAGGUUUUACAUUGAAAACCACACAAGAAACCCAGACGACCUGAGCCGCAAGCAGGUCCGGAUAUAUCAGCUCUAUAGCAGAACUACGGGCAAACAUGUCCAGAUCUUGGGAAAGAAAAUCAAUGCCAACGGAGAUGAUGGGGGCAAGUAUGCUCUUCUUGUUGUUGAGACAGAAACCUUCGGGAGCCACAUUCGGAUAAAAGGAAAAGAAAGUGAACAUUACAUUUGCAUGAAUGAGAAGGGCAAAGUCGUUGGAAGGCCCGAUGGAAGGAAACAGGAAUGUGUGUUUGUCGAGGAAUUCCUAGAGAACAACUAUACAGCUCUCGUGUCUGCAAAGUACAAAGGAUGGUACCUUGGCUUCAAUCGGAAGGGACGACCCAAGAAAGGCUCACGAACCACACAGAGACAACAGGAAGUCCAUUUCAUGAAGCGCCAGCCGAAGGGCAGGGUGGAUCCGUUGGAGGAGUUCCGUUUCACUACAGUAACUAAGAGGACACGAAGGGCUCGGCGAUUAAAACCCAACUCCAAGAGGAACUAAUGGGACCAAUAGGAUAGCACUAGAUAUCCUCAUGGGGGGAAAAAUGUAAUUGAAAAUCUCAAGCUUCUUAAAAAAAUCACCUUAAAGACUUCACCUCUGUAAAAGAAAGACAGACAAAAAGAACAAAAAAAGAUCAAAGAUGUUUAUUUUUGUAUUUCAGGAAGACUGAAUAUUUCCUGACUCUUGGAUUCUUCUGGGUUGAUGUCAUUGUGCUAAUGCGCCUGUCAUGUUAUUUAUACUGGAUACACUAAAGGACCUCUGCCAGAACUUCUGUCACCUCUGUCCUCAGCUACGUUUGAACUGCAAGCUGAAGGCACACUUUAUUUUUGACAAUGGAAGCUGAAGCAGGAGCUGAAGCAAUGUUAUAAAAAUCAGCCAACUAGAGAUUUAUUGGAAUACCUGUCGGUUUUUGUUUGUGUUGCCCCUGACAACGUGGAUCCCAUACUUUCCACUGGAAUUAGACACCAUGGAGAUGAAACGGAGAGAGGUGGCAGGUGACACUGUGCUGCCAGGAUAACUGUGUAGCUUUGAGUGCAAUAUUUUACAGGUCUCUCUUUCUCUUCCUCUUUCUUUCCAUAUGUCUUUCACCCCCUUCAGUUUCACUUGUGGCACCUGGAAUCUGCUGAAAUCUCUGAGUCUUGAGCGUGAUUUCCGUGACAUUUUCAAGCAGCCUGUGAUUCAGCUAAAACACAACAUGCUUUGACUGGCCAGGCACCCACCAUGGCUUUAGCCUUGUUUAAACACUUAAGAAAAAAAAAACAAUGCAAACAAAAUAAUAGCAGAUGUGAUUCAUAGUUCCAUGGUCUUCUAACUACAUCACACUUCGGCUUUCUUUUCCCUUGGUGUCCAUUUCUAUCAGCUCUUUCUCUCAUGUAUUAAAAGGAUGCUUUGAUUCUUCAAGUGAGAGCUUGCUGGGUUUUGGGGGCUGGUGAUGAUUUCCUCUACCUCCUUGUUCUUAUGUUUGUCUUUACCUGUUCUAAUUGUCUUUGUUCAAUUAAUCUCCAGAACCUUUUAGACAACUCUGAACUUGAACUGGGCUUUUAAUUUUUAUUUUAUUUAUUUAUUUUUUUUUUUUACCAUAAUCUCUUGCUGCUCUUUCACUCUCACUGGAAGAUUUUAUAGGGAAAAACUUUGCAUUGUGUUGUUUUCUCACAUCAGUCAUCCACAAGAAACAAGAAUAUUGUUCAUCAUCCAUCAUAAUUACUUCAAAAACCUUUAUUUGACCAUUAAAACUACUUCUAAAAAAACCUAGAUGACGAGAUUUAGGGAAUAUUGCUGGUGAUGCUGAGUUUGUAUCUGAAUCCUGAAAGAAAAAAGUCUUCGCUUUUCACUGACAAAAGUAUCCAGCCUAUUUUCACCAGUACUAUGUAUUUACCUAUUUGCUGGCAGGUUCUUGUAUGAGUUGCUACUAACAACAUGACACGUUUAUUAUUUUCUCUGUUUGUUUUCUUUUUUAAAACAAAUGUAAGCAAAAAAUAAUUUUAUGACUAUUAUUAAGAUAUUUAUUGCCUCCCUUUGUAAAUAAAAUGUGAUGAGUUUUAUUUGGCCUCUGUUAAUAAAAUGAGGACUAUAUUUUAAAAGAGGUUUAUUUCACGUGUUCUUUGUAAGGUAAAAUUUCCUUUAUAAC